ACUCUGGUGUACAUGUACGGGGACCUGCUGAGCAACGUGGGGGCGGCGGAGAAGGUGUUCGAGUACCUGGACCGGGAGCCGGCCGUGCGCACCGACGGGACGCGGGCGCCGGAGUCGCUGCAGGGACACGUCUCCUUCCACAACGUCUCCUUCUCCUACCCCUCCCGCCCGGACCGCCAGGUCCUAAAGGACGUGUCCUUCGAGCUGCGUCCCGGGGAGGUGACGGCGCUGGUGGGGCUGAACGGCAGUGGGAAGAGCACGUGUGUGGGGCUGCUGGAGCGGUUCUACGAGCCCCAGGCUGGGGAGAUCCUGCUGGACGGGGCGCCCCUCCGGGAGUACGAGCACCGGUACCUGCACCGCCAGGUGGCCCUGGUGGGGCAGGAGCCCGUCCUCUUCUCCGGCUCCAUCCGGGAGAACAUCGCCUAUGGGCUGGGGGGCUGCGGGGAGGAGCAGGUCACCAGGGCGGCCAGAGCGGCCCACGCCUCCGGGUUCAUCGCGGAGCUGGACAGCGGCUUUGAGACAGACGUGGGGGAGAAGGGCGGGCAGCUCUCGGCGGGGCAGAAGCAGCGGAUCGCCAUUGCCCGGGCACUGAUCCGCCAGCCGGCCGUGCUGAUCCUGGAUGAAGCCACCAGCGCGCUGGAUGUGGAGAGCGAAUGCGCGAUCCGCCAGUCGGUGUUGAGCCGGGGGCGCCGGACGGUGCUGGUGAUCGCCCACCGCAUGCAGACGGUGGAGAACGCCGACAGGAUCGUGGUGCUGGAGGGCGGGGCCGUGGCCGAGGAGGGGACGCACGCCAAGCUGAUGGGGCGCAAGGGGCCCUACUACAGACUGGUGCAGAGAGACCUGGCCGAGUAACCCCCCCGCCCCGGGGAAUAGCCCAACACCGGCCUUACGGCUCGUCCCCUCCUCCCCCCGGCACAGGGUGACAUGAAACAUACUGACAGCGGCUGAUUAGCGGCUGAUGUCGGGUCACUGGUUUAUCACCUGCGUUGGGUUUCGGUUCUGUGCGGGGAGUCCUGGGGGGGCAGGCGUGUUCGACUGGCUGAGCGCGAGACGAGUGUUUUGUAAAAUACAUUGACGAGGUGAAACAUC